AUGACAUUUCACAUGGUCGAACCUUGCAGAGGCACGGUAGGAUCCGGGGGAGAGAAUAUCGCUAUGCCACUUCUAGAAGGUCUGGCCAAGGCUACCAACGGCGCCAUCUCGUCGCAGUUCCUCCUCAACCUACGUGAAAGCGAGUCUGCUGAAUCAGAGAGUAGCGGUAAGCAAGCAUCCGGGAUCAUGGGCAUUGAUUGA